UAAUCAUCAAUUUAUACACUUUACAAACACAUUUAACAUCAAUAAUACAAAUAAAAUUUAAUUUUAAUUUUGAUUAUAUCAUUAACAUAUGUUUUAAACAUAAAUGCUAGAGUUCGUUUUUCACUUUUCUCUUACUCUCCCCUCCUUUCCUACCAUUUCCUUAUCUGAAUCAGCUGAUUAUUGUUUUCGUAUUUCCUACGAAACAGACCGUUGCCGUAGUUAUGAUACGUGAUACCUUUUAACGAACGAUCUUUCGGAACAUCCCCGUCGGCGCGUCGAAACAGCCAACAGAUUAGACAAUCUAUCGCAAGAAGGAAUACUACCGACGCGCUUAAAUAUUUCCAACAUAAAGAUUGACGUUUCGCGGGCGGGGUGACAUCACUAUUUUCUGGUUGUGUUGUAGUUGUUCAGUCACUCAUAGAAUGACGCAGUAGAAGGUCGUCUCAGAGAUGGCGAGCUUCCCAGUAUGAAAAUACAAUUUUAUGGCGAGGUAAAAAUAUUUUGUUUGGGAAGAAAAAAUGUCUGCAGACUCUCCAAGGCGUGGUGUGCAUAAAGGAGUUCAAAUUGUGUCACCUCAGCCAAUAGUUGAUCGUUCAAUUAUAGAUAGUGUUGCAGGAAUAAUUAAUGAUAUUGUUCCACAGGCUUAUACGGGCACACCAAAUUCUGAAAACAAAGAGUCUAUUUCAUGGGCACGGUUUGAGUAUGCAGACAUUAAUGAUCCUGCCUUGUAUCCAGAUUACAAUGAAGGCUCUAAUACACCACCUUUAUUAUUGGUGCUUGGUUAUACAACUGGAGUUCAGGUAUGGUUGAUAGCAGCAACAGGAGAAGCAACUGAAGUUUUAUCAUGGCGACAAGGAGUUGUCCGCACUUUAAGAAUUUUACCAAAUCCAAAGACUGAUGAUGAACAUGUUGAUUUAUUUGAAUUGAAACGACCCAUGGUAGCAAUAUGCGAUUCAGCUGGACCUGGCCCACAAUUUUGCAACAUUAGUUUUAUUUCAUUGAAAACUGGGGAACAAACAAAAAGCAAAUUUAAAAAUCCUGUUUGUGACAUUUUGGCAAAUAAACGAUCUAUAGUCGUAACGUUUUUAGAGAAAAUCGCGGUGUUCGAUGCUCGAACAUUGGAAGAUGUAUUAACAGUUACUACCUGUUAUGCCAGUCCUGGUCCAAAUCCAAAUCCUAUUGCUUUAGGAUCGCGAUGGCUUGCUUACAGUGAAAAGAAAUUAUUACCUGUAAAAAGAAGUAGUGGUGGUUGUGAAGGUGAAGGAGUUCAAAGUUACACAGCAACUGUUCUGUACGCAGCAAAGUCUUUAGGAAAAGGUUUGCGUGGUUUGGGAGAAACAGUUGCAUCAAGUUUAACUGGUAAUUCAGUAUCACCAGUAGUAAUUAAUAAUACGGGCAGUGAUCUAACUCAACCAGGAGUAAUUACGAUAUUAGAUCUUCAAGCUGCAAAAGAGGAAAAAGAGUUAGAUGAUGCGAAUAUAGAGACUGUCAUUGCUCAUUUUACUGCCCAUAGUGAUGCAAUCGUUGCCAUGACUUUUGAUUUAAGCGGUGCGUUGCUAAUGACCGCUGACAAAAGAGGGCAUGAUUUUCAUGUAUUUAGAAUUCAACCACAUCCAGGUGGUCCCACUUUGGCAGCAGUACAUCAUUUAUACAUACUGCACCGCGGAGAUACUACUGCGAAAGUGCAGGAUAUGGUUUUUUCGAGUGAUACUCGUUGGGCGGCAAUUUCGACUGUGCGGGGUACUACUCAUGUUUUUCCUGUUGCACCAUAUGGUGGACCAGUAGGAAUACGAACUCAUUCCACACCUCAUGUUGUAAAUAGACUUUCAAGAUUUCAUAGAAGUGCAGGUUUAAUGGACGAUGGUACUAGAUCUCAUUCUCCUGUAUCUCAUACAGAAUUACCUUUGUCAAUUUAUCCAUACUCUAAUCCAAGACUUCCUCCAUACCCUCAUCCAACUGUAUUACAUCCCUUGGCACAGAUACGACAACCAUCGUCGUUAAAUCACGUAAACAGUCAAGCUCAACAGAGUAGGCCGCAGCAACGACAACGAUUAUAUUCGGAUGAUAGUGGAACAUUACCAUUAAAAAUAUGUGCUUGUUUUGCACCUCCAAGAGCUUGGAUGUAUGCACAAAGAGAAUCUACUGUGAAAGUUAUGAAAAGAGCAGUUGAUUCUUUGUUUAUUAUGGCGUGUCAUGGAAAUAUGAUACAAUAUGAUUUAGAACCUAAACCAGUUGCAGGUGUACCAAAAGAAAAAGUAUGCGACGAUACGAUGAUAGAAUUAGAAGUCGAAGCUAAAGGUCAAUGGCCCCUUUUAAGAUCUCCGAAUUCUUUAGAGAUUGUGCCACCUUUACCAACGUCUAGCUCUUUACUGAGCGUCAAUACUAUACCAAAAGAUAUUCAAGAUGGUGAUUUAGCAGAAGAUCGUUGGUUAAGUCAAGUAGAAAUUGUAACACACGCUGGCCCACAUAGACGACUUUGGAUGGGCCCUCAAUUUGUUUUUAAGACUUACAACGCAACUAGUGGAGCUCCUGUAAAUCUUGUCGAAGCUGAGGCUGUUGAAAUUGGCAUAACCGGUGGAUCUCGUCCUGCGAGAUCGAAUCCAGUCAAUAUGCCACAUGCUGCAUCCAGAUCUUUGGUACCUGUCGUUAUCGAUGGAUCAGGAAGUAGUUACGAGCAAUCUCCAAGAUUCAUGGAGGCGUAUGGUGAUCCCCUAGAUAGUGAAAAUGCGGGUGUUGGUGGUGAAAAUCAAUUGAGAGAAGAUCUGGCUGAAGCUAUGUUGGAAACAUCAAUAGCUCCGCAUCGUGCACCAGGGAGGCGAUCGGUAUUUGAGAGGGUGGGUCAACCGGUAACUAAAGUCGUCAACCCUCUGGGCACCGUGAUUACCGUAUCGGCCGAUGAGGAGGACAUUAGCUCGAGUCAGGAGUUCGAUUCCGCGGAGGAGAGCCACAUGCCUGAACCACCUAGGAGCGUGUGCGCCGAAGAGGGCCCGGCUUCUCUCGGUGAUUUCGAGCCGGAGAGUCAAACUCUGCGUAGUCUCACCAAAAUCUGCGCGGAAAUGCGUUCAGCUAGCGAGCCGGCGAUCGACAGUGUUCCAGACGAGAACAUCUGUGAGGUGAAAGAGAGGAAAACUUUAUGCGUCGAGAUCGCCUCCAUCACGAAUCCGGGAAAUUCUACCAUCGACUUCGAAAGGGUAGAAGCUUUCCGCGAUGUGCCGACCGGAUUGAACCUUUGCGUGGAGCAGGGUGAGAUCCCUAGCAGCCCCAUGACCCAGGCGAAGGAAACCGCUUGGUACAAGAAACUUAAUAAGAGGGAAGACAGGGAUGCCCACGAGAGAAGCGUGUCCGAGGCGCAAUACGUGGUCAGCUGUGACGAGGAUAGCGUCGUGUUGAUGGAGAAUAAGGCGGCCCAAGGACGGAAGACCGCCUCGACGCAUUGCAAGGCGGAGAGCAAAAGAGCUAGCGAGCAUGAAAAAGUCGCGAAGAAAUCGGGGAGGAACGGUACGACGUCUGGGAAACGGGCAGACGCUAAGACACCUACUAAAAGAUACGUUUUAAAGGAGCACGAGGAUAGCAUCGUUAUCGAGGAUACUUGCAGCGACUCGAGCAGUAGUUGCGGUAAGAAAAGAGGGUGCGAGAAGAUGGAGGAUACGAGGGGCAAACAUUGUGAGCACAAGGGCGGGGAAUCGUCGAAGGAAAACGGGACUGGAAAGGUUAAAAGCAGGUCGAAGUCUUCCACGGUUCAUAACAGUUGCAAAGAAACGUGCGAGGAAAGCAAAAAUUCUGUUAAACACGUAGAAUCGAUCAUAGAACUGGAUUCUAUAACGGAAGAAACGGACAAGAGGGAAGAUUUCAAGUCGAGCCUUAACGUGGACGUGUUGAUCAAAGAGAUGGAUAAGUAUAAAUCACCUCCAUCGGACUCGACCGACGAUUUCAGUUGCAGCGAGUAUCACAUCGUCGAUGCGCCUUGUUGCAACAAGGAUGGCACUUCGGUACAAUCCGACGAGGAUAUCGAGCAUAUCCAGAGCUCGGAGAUCUCCCAGUUGCAGCAAGCCGAAUGCAUGGACGGUGACAAAUGCGUAGAUGUGAUAAGCUGCGCGGGCUCCUCGCCCAUUAUGCAGAGGAAGAAUAGCAAGAACACGAUAUCCGACGACGACAUAGAAUACAUACAUUCGUCAGAGGUGGAGACGCCUGAGAAAGCUUGCAAAGAGGACACGAGAUUCGAAACGAGUAAAGGUAGCAGCGACAGCGAGUCGACCGGGGCGAGAUGCAAACUAACAUUUUCUGACGACGAUUUGGAACACGUACACCAUUCGGACGUCUACGCUUUAUUGCCUGAAAAAUCUAAGGAGACUCGUGAAAGGAGCGCGAGAAGGUCUCACGAGAUUUCGACAACGGAGCAGCAACAACAACAACAACAACAAGGGUCGAGAAUCAAGAGCUCGAAGAAGUCGAAGGAUAUCGUGGUGAUCGAGAGUGACACGUCUGCGGCUGACGUGACCGUGAUCUUUAAACCGGUCGAGAGUUGGAAGAGCAAGGGUACGGAGAGGAAAGAUGAAGGGGAGGAGGCUGGCCUUAUUAUGAAAGAUAUUCCGGCUAGCGAAAAUCCAAGUCCGUUGAAGAAAGCCAAGAUUCGUCCUGUUAAAACGUCCCCUUCGAACGUUGCCCCCAAACGAUCGCAGGCAGGAAUCGAGAUAAUCGACAUCGAUGCCAUGCAAAAAGCCGAGAUGGACGUAUUGGCCGACACAGCGUCGGUGUCGGAGUGCAAAAUCCUUGCUGGACCCGAGCUGUGCGGGACGCGCGCUAGAAAAUCUCGAAGGAAUAAAAAGGCGAGCAACGAAGGUAAGGAAGCGCAUAGCUCCGAGAUUCUUAUCGAGGCUGUGAAAACUGUCGAAGAAACUGGGAAGGAAUCGGGUUCGCAGGAGGUUGAAUUCUCCUGGAGCGCUGUGGUGAAGAAAAAAAGCGGUUCUCCCGAGCCGGAAACGCGGAAAGAAAGAGAAGAACUAGAAGAAGAAGGAGAAGAAGAGGAAGAGGAGGAAGAGGAAGAGGAAGAGGAAAAGAAGAAGAAGAUGGAGAGGGAUAAGGUAAAGCAAAGCUCGUUCGAGGUCUCGCCCAUCCUCGAGAAGAUAGAAUCUUUGAAGAAGAAGAUACACGAAUCUUCGUUGAGAAAAAGUCUGGACAAAAAGAGUUGCGUUUUAGAGACGUACCCCGAAGAGUCUUCCGUUCAGAGUUCCGAGAUUUCGUGGAGCUCGAUCGUCAAAAAGAAAAAUAUAUCCUCCGCCGACUUGGAGACGAGAAAGGAGCCCGAGCUCGAUCCGAUCGUUGAGGAAUCGAGUGUCGAGGAGAGGAAAACUCAUCGAAAACGCGUCGAAUCUUCGUCGCAAUCCCUCUCAGCGAUGGGAGGAGGUCAAUCGAAAGAGACGGGAAGAAGCGUGGAAGAAUCUUUUGAUCAGGUUGCGACGGAAGGAGUUUCGUCGUGGAGUUUCAUCGUGAAGAAGAAGGCGACAGCCACCGCGGAAACGGUGACUCGAAAGGAACACGUCGAGCAGAAAUCUCAGAGGAAAUUGGAUCUAAUGACCAUUGACUCGUUGGAGAUUAUCUCGGAUCGUGAAACGAAAUCGGAUAACCGAUCGUCCUCGAGUAAAAGUUCGGAGAAGAUCUCGAAGCUGGAGACUGUAAGCGAGAUGGACGAAAAGGGUUCGAAGAAUUGGAGCGUGGAGUCGUUGCUGGUCGACCCGGUGUUCACGAAGGAAGACUCCUCGGAGCCGGAACGGGACACCGAGCCUGAGAAGAGGAGUGAUUCGGAGCAGGAGAUCGUGCCGGAGCGUUCGAGCUCCUCGGACGAGUUGAACGCGAAUGUUGUGUUCACGAACAACGAGGGAGAGUAUUCGGGUCGCGAGGUCGCCGAUAGGGGUGCAACGAACGGUUCGAGCUCGGUGCCCGGCACGAAGAAGAGCAACAGGUCGAAGAAAAAAAAACGCAGAUGAGUAGAGGAUUGCAUGGAUGUACCUAGGGCCAGCCUUGCCCUUUACAUGCUCUUGAUGCAAGUAACCGGGGUCGAUUAGCAUAAACUAGCAUUAAAUCCGAAUAUUAAAGAAAGAAAAAAAGAAAAAAUGUUUAGAGUGUACGAACUGGGAACAAAUUGCGCUUUCGAUUCUCAGUGGUCAAUCGAGCGAUCAAGACGUAAGGUCUUGGCUUUAUUAAAGAGCGUUUAUCUUAGAGUACAUGUAUCAUAUUAUAAUCACCUUGUUAGGGAAUGAAAUCUUCAAUUCUAUUUUGAUCGAACGACGCGUUCUCUCGCAUCGGAUUUGGUAUUUUUAAAAACCUUUUUCUAAAAUGACUAGAUUGAGAAAAGGAGGAAAAGAAAAGAAAAGAAAUAAAGAGAUUAAUUAAUUAAUUGAUUUAUCAGUACAAAAAUUUUUUAGACGUAUAUUCGGUGGAAUUUCUUAAUUGAAAAGAGCAAGGCUGUUACUAUUGAGUGUACAUCCGCUGACGUUCGAGUCGAAUGCGUGAAGCUAAAAGUAAGAAAAGGAAAAAAAAAAAAAAAAGGGAAACAAUACACAUAGCCACACGCAUACUUUACACACACGUAGAAUUUUUCGAAACGAAACUUCUGUGUACAUAGAUAUAUGAAACAAGAUCAAAAAAANAAAAAAAA